UAACCCAUAAUCGGAAUGUUUCAUUUUUGUUCGUUGUUCGUUGUAUCGAUCAAGCAAAGGUUAGAGAGAGAAAGUGAAAAUGGGGGAAACAGUUUUAGAUGAAGAUGCACUUCUCAAAGAAUUCUUCGCCGAAGUUGGUGAAGUUGAAAGAGAUAACGAAGUUGUCAGGAUACUCUCGUGCUUCAAGUUGAAUCCAUUUGAGCAUCUAAACCUACCGUUUGAUUCAUCAGUAGAAGAUGUGAAAAGGCAAUAUAGAAAGUUAUCAUUGAUGGUUCACCCUGACAAAUGCAAGCAUCCACAAGCAAAGGAGGCAUUUGGAGCAUUAGCGAAAGCCCAACAGCAACUUCUUGAUUCACAGGAAAGAGACUAUGUACUUAGCCAAGUCAAAUCUGCAAAAGAGGAACUUCUAUCAGUGAGAAAGAAAAAGUUGAAGAAAGAAACUGCUUCAAAAAUAAAAUUUAUGGUUGAUGAGAAAUUUGAUAAAGAAUACGAGCAGUCAGAGGAGUUUAAGAAACAGCUGAAAUUGAAAGUAAGAGAGAUUCUAACUGAGCAAGAAUGGAGGGGGAGAAAAAUGGCUAUGAGGAUAUCUGAGGAGGAGGGCAGGCUGAAGAAGGAUGAAGAGGAACAAAAGGACGUUUGGAAAAGGAAGCGUGAGCAUGAGGAGCAGUGGGAAGGAACAAGAGAAACAAGGGUUUCUAGUUGGAGAGAUUUUAUGAAGAGUGGAAAGAAGGGUAAAAAGGGUGAGAUUCGGCCACCAAAGCUUAAAACAGAAGAUCCAAACAAGUCUUAUGUUCAGAGGCCAGUAAAACGAGGUUAAUGUGUCACCUGGAAUGAAAGCUACUCUGCUUGGGAUGAAAGUUACUUUCCUGAAAGGCUUUUCUAAGUACAGGACUUAUGGGCUGUAAUUUGUAUUCACCCACCAAACCCAUGGUAGAGCUUGUAGAGUAUCCAUUCCUUUCUGUUGAGCAGAUGAUUGAUAUGGUAAAAGUUAAACUCAAAUUCUGUAGAUUCUUUUGAGCUCUGACCAGGUAUAGCGUAAUAGUGUAGCUGUGAUUUGUUGCCUAUUCUGUAGGGAACAGAGAAUUUGCGAUGGCACAAUGUGUUACUGAUGUAUGGCAAGCACAAGUUAGAUUAUCCAUUUAUUUGAUCUUUACAAUCUUGUACAGAGUAAAUUACAUAAUCGCACAUAUUAUUCCUUUU